AUGACUUCUCACCGAGUAGGAUUAAUUAAUGAAUAUUGUAAAUAUGAUCCGAAUGAGUGUACGGAUGAAGAAAAAGCUAAAUGGCUUUGUCUACCUGGGUAUCAUCCAUCAACGUACUUUAAAUGCGCUGAAUGGGCACCACAAAUAGGCGAACUAGAUAAACCAAGUGAUCGACUGCACUUUAAACAAGAUCUUAGCCGUGUAAAGAAACCGCUGGAACCAUUUCGACUGUGGAAACAUGAUGAAAGUGGACUGCGUAGAAUGGAUUGGCAUCCGUCUGAAAGUGACUGUAAUCCGCCAAAGUUGAACAAUUUCAAGUAUACGCCUGUUUGUUUCGACGAGGCAAGCAGAUUAACCAAGUACCGAAAUAUUAUUGAGAAUUUAACACCUCUACACCGACGACGUUUACUUGAAGAAUUUGUCUAUCGUGACCCUGAUGAAUACCUGCAAAAAAGGGAUAAGAAAACAGUCGAAUGUUGUUAUUGUGGUCGCCUUUGCUGUGAUCCCCGGCCUUAUGAAGAUCCUUUACCGAUGACACAAAGAGAAAUUAUGCGAUUAAGAUUUAUGUCAAAUAAUUAUAAAACAUUCGAUGAUUGGAAGGAUGACGCGAAUGAUGAAUUGUUGAAUUCGUUUGGAAAUAAACAAACUGAGAUCAAUGAUAAUUAAUUCCUAGUGAAUGUGGGAAAUCGUUUCAUCUAAUAUUUUGAUGAAAGUGAAAAAUCAAUUCCUUUUGCUUUUUGAUUACCGCGGACUAUUCAAGUUUUUGUUUUGUGUGUUUAUGAUUGGUGGUACAGCUGUGUAAUACGA